AUGGGGGAAGAGAGUCCCCUGGCAGAGGGCGCCCAGCUGGCCCCAGAAGCUGUGGCCCGAGGCAGCCGGGAUGACAACUCUCCCCAGGAACCCUGGCACCUGAGAAACAUGAUCAGCAAGUCCCGCUGGAAGCUCCUGGCCAUGCUGGCUCUGUUCCUGGCUGUCAUGGUGUGGUACUCUAUCUCUCGAGAGGACAGGUACAUUGAACUCUUUUAUUUUCCCGUCCCAGGGAAGAAAGAACCAUGCCUCCAGGGUGAGGCGGAGAAGAUGGUCUCCAAGCUCUUUGGCAACUACUCCCGAGAACAGCCUUUCUUCCUGCAGCUUAAAGAUUAUUUCUGGGUCAAGACCCCAUCUCUCUAUGAGCUGCCCUACGGGACCAAGGGGAGUGAAGAUCUGCUCCUCCGGGUGCUAGCCAUCACCAGCUACUCCAUCCCAGAGAGCAUCCAGAGCCUGAAGUGCCGCCGCUGCGUGGUGGUGGGGAACGGGCAUCGGCUGCGCAACAGCUCUCUGGGAGAGGCCAUCAACAAGUACGACGUGGUCAUCAGGUUAAACAGCGCUCCGGUGGCUGGCUACGAGCAGGACGUGGGCUCCAAGACCACCAUGCGUCUCUUCUACCCUGAAUCCGCCCACUUCAACCCCAAAGUGGAGGACAACCCCGACACACUCCUCGUCUUGGUAGCUUUCAAGGCCAUGGACUUCCACUGGAUUGAGAGCAUCCUCAGUGAUAAGAAGCGAGUGCGAAAGGGCUUCUGGAAACAGCCUCCCCUCAUCUGGGACGUCAACCCCAAACAGAUUCGGAUUCUCAACCCCUUCUACAUGGAGAUCGCAGCUGACAAGCUGCUGAGCCUGCCGAUACAACAGCCACACAAGAUUAAGCAGAAGCCCACCACAGGGCUAUUGGCCAUCACCCUGGCCCUCCACCUCUGCGACCUGGUGCACAUUGCUGGCUUCGGCUACCCAGAUGCCCACCAGAAGAAGCAGUCCAUUCACUACUAUGAGUACAUCACGCUCAAGUCCAUGAUGUGGUCAGGCCACAAUGUCUCCCAGGAGGCCCUGGCCAUCAAGCGGAUGCUGGAGAUUGGAGCGGUCAAGAACCUCACUUACUUCUGA